ACUGCUCGACAACUUUUUUUUCACGGAGUAACCAAGGUAGAAGUGAUACUACCAUUGAGUGGCUUCGACCUGUACUAUGAUGGCGUCCAAUGGCAACGCGAACGGGCCAGCGGUUUGGAACUGCUACAAUUGUGGUCAACCUGGGCACAUCUCUAGGUUCUGUCCAUUACCAGAUCGUAGGCUGAAUUUGGCUCAGCCGUCUAAUGCUAUUGUACCUGCGCAGCCAUUGAUGACUGUUCCGGCGGCAGCAAAUGUGGGAACGGCUGUUCCUUAUUAUGGAGGACAGUAUAGUGGAGGUGGUGGUGGGAGUGGGUUAGGUAGACGUGUGAGUACUCUGGAGGAGAUCGUUGGAAAGAUCAGCAACAAGCAAGAGGCUGAAGAAGCGAAGGCGCGACAACAACGGAAAGAAGAGGAGAAGACCAAGCGUGAGAAGGAAGAUGAGGAACGUAGAUUAAAAGAUAAGAGGGAAAGGGAGGAAUUACAGAGGGAGAUGUCCGCAAAAAUGGACAGAUUGAGUGAGGCAGUCAACGGGAAGAAGUCAAGUGAUUCCGAUGAGAUCGCUAAGUUGAAGUCGUUGGUAGAGGCGUUGACAAGGCAGUGCAAUUUGGGACGGGAGAAAGAAACUAAAGUUGGGGAGAGUGAGGAAGUGGUAAAGUUACGAGCGCAGGUUGAGCAGUUGAAACGAGACGCUAGCGGGGCCAACACGUCAUCCGCAAUGCCGAAACAUGUGAAGGAGAGUGAAGAGUUGGUGAGGCUUCGAUGUGAGCAAUCCGAGGUCAAGGCUGCUACUGAAAAAAGGCUGGCAACUUUGGAGGAGGUAAUAUUUGCGCUGCAAAAGCAAUGUGAAACUGCUGAAGCAAAUGCUGAAGCAUGGAGGAAUGAAGCGCUGCGUCCUGGAAACAAGCGCGACAGUAUUGCAAUCGGUCAAACGCCAGUCAGCGAUGCUAGGGUACGCAUGAGGGCGACUACGCUGGAGAAACCUGGUGGUGAUGUGAGAAUGAAUACCCAACUUAAAGGAUUGGUUGAAAGGCACCAACGGGAAGUCGAAUUGUUGAAGGAGAUGCGCUUACGUGAAGUCAACGCUAGGAAGGAGUCGGAAGAAGAAGUUGAAUGGCUGAAGGAGCAAAUGGCAAGGAUGGAGGACGGGGGAAGGGUUAGGGGAACCAAUCUUAAGACCAAGAUGGAUGAGGUAGCGGGUACUUCGGUAGGCAAGGACAAAGGUAAGAAGUCUGUUACCCCGACUACGAAGGCUAAUCAGCGGGAUGUGUUUUUGUGAGAAGCUUGGAAGCAGCUUCGUAAUCUGCGGAAGGAGGAGAUCAUGGUAAUUUGUGAGAAAGAAGGUUUUGAGUAUACAAAGUUGGAUCC